AUGAAACUAUUACCGGCUUAUCAGAAAAAACGCAUUUCAGAUCAUUUAGAUACCGGAGUGUUAUGUGAAUUGGAGAGGAAUGUUAGCCAAGAUGUGACCUGUAAUCCCAAUUUCAAAUAUCGCCGAAUUGAUGGCAAAUGCAAUAAUUUGAAACAAAUCAAUUGGGGUUCGGCUUUCCAUUGUCAGCGACGACUACUACCGCCCGACUAUUCAAACGGCAUUAACGGAGUACGGGUGGCAUUGGACGGCAGUUUACUGCCUAAUGAACGACUCAUUAGUACACACGUUGGCCACGAGUUUGAUGUUUACGAUAAACGAAGAAAUUCUAUGCAAAUGAUUUGGGGGAAAGUGAUUGCCAACGAUGUGGUGAAAACAUUAAAAUAUUUUGGCAAUAAUAUGACGUGUUGUCCACCGGCACCUACACAUCCCGAGUGUGGCCGAGUAGUCAUAGAUGACGACAAAUAUAGUGUACAUUUGAAAACUUCAUGUAUGUCUGUCACGAGAUCGUUGGCUUGCAAUACGUGUCGCUUAGGUUUUCGUGAACAACUGACUGCUGUGCCAUCAUAUCUGGAUCUAUCAUUAGUAUAUGGUUUUGAUAAAAACGAUGCAAAUAAAUUGCGAGCACUUACUGGAGGAUUAAUGCAAACAAACCAAUCAUUAGUUGAUACGACAAUAUUGCCGACAAUCGUUGAUACAGACAUAAUACAUGACUCGGAUGUCUCUAAUUCAGAUAUUUAUGAUAGAAGUCAGUCAUGUAAUGUACCGCCGGAUAGGCCGUGGCUCCAGUGUUUUAAAACAGGUGACGGCGUUCGGGGCAAUCAACAGGUGCUGAUAGCAACCCUCACAUUGAUUCUAGUAUUAAGACACAACCAGCACGCAGAAGGGUUGGCUAAAGUGAACCGACACUGGAAUGAUGAGCUACUGUUUAGAGAAGCCAGACGUUUAUUAGAAGCUGAAUAUAAUUUCAUAAACUUUUUCGAGUAUUUGCCGUCAAUACUGAAUAAAGAUUUAAUGGAUUACUUUGAUCUCAAUGUCCGACCACAGGGUCAGUACAGUCAGUAUAAUCCAGAUGUGAAUUCUGAUGUCAUCAACGAGUUUGGUUCCGCCACUUUCCGAUUCGGUCAUUCAAAUAUCAAUAGCAAGUAUCCCAUUAUUAAUGGCAGUCCAUUGAAUUCAUCGUCAUUAACCUUACGGUAUAACUAUGGUAUGAUGUCUCAGAUAUGGGAUGGAAAUACAAAUGGUCUGAUGAGAGGUAUGUGUGAGGACAGGCAGGAGGCAACAGACUUGAAUUAUACACCUGAUGUUAAACAGUAUGUAAACUUCAGUCCGUGUCGACCGAAACUUAAGGAUCUGAUGGCAAUAGACGUGUCCAGAGGUAGAGAUCACGGAAUAGCACCGUAUGUUUAUUAUGUAGAGUACUGUUCAGGUCUUAAGAUUACCAGUUGGGAUGAUUUGAAACAAUUGAUGCCUAAAUAUAUUAUUAGUGAAUUGAAAGAUGUUUUUAAAGACUACAGAGAUAUUGAUUUAUUCAUUGGAGGACUGGCUGAGUAUCAUAUGAAAGACUCGACAACAGGUCCAACAUUUGCCUGUAUUAAUGCCAUACAGUUUUAUCACUUAAAAUUUGGUGAUAGAUAUUAUUUUGAGCAUGGUAAUCAAUCAGGAUCUUUUUCAAUUGCACAGUUAGAUAAUAUCCGAAAAACUGCAUCAAUGGCUAACCUGUUGUGCAAAACAAUGAGCUUUGAGUCCAUCCAAGAGAUGGCUUUUUAUGUGUCGUCAAAGUCUAAUGCAUACAAAUCUUGCGGCGAUUUUCGUCAAAUUGAUUACAAUUUAUGGACUGAAGAUGUGUCCAAAUGUGAUGAGUUUUGUCAAAAUAAACGAUUUAUAACUGCUUUAAAUGAUACGGAAUAUAAAUUUCCCAUUCAAUCAUAA